CAACAUCUAAAUCCUUAUCUUCGCAUUCUCAAAUCUCAUCCAGUCACUACCUUUUCUGUGUUCAACUGUUUCUUCCAACAUCAAAUAUCAAGUGUGUAUAGUACUUCAAAUGUUAUGUUCUUCUUCUUUUGUUCUCAUCUCUAUACCAUGUCAUAAUCUUUCUAAACCGUUUUUGGCUUAACAAAACAAACCACUGUUUGCUAAAGGGUUCUGUGUAUCUCGAAUUUCUUUCACUGAAAAAGUUGUUCGCAUAUCGCUGACUCUGAGAAAAGGAAGGGAAGAGUAAUUAACAUGAAAAUUCAGUGUGAUGUGUGUGAGAGAGCUCCGGCAACAGUGAUUUGUUGUGCGGAUGAGGCAGCUUUGUGUGCCAAAUGUGAUGUUGAAGUGCAUGCUGCUAACAAGCUUGCAAGUAAGCACCAGAGGCUUCUUCUUCAAUGUCUAUCAAACAAGCUUCCCAGAUGUGACAUUUGCCAAGACAAGGCAGCAUUCAUAUUUUGUGUUGAAGACAGAGCACUGUUCUGUCAGGAUUGUGAUGAACCAAUUCAUGCAGCUGGCAGCCUGUCCGCGAACCACCAGCGCUUCCUUGCUACCGGUAUCCGAGUAGCCGCUAGUUCUAAUUGCACCAAAGAUAAUGAAACAAGUCACUUGGAGCCUCCUAAUAGGAAUGCACAACAAGUGUCCGGUUCCACCAAAGUUCCUUCUCAGCAAGUGCCUAGCUUCACUUCCUCUUGGGCUGUUGAUGACUUGUUGGAAUUAACAGGCUUUGAAUCACCUGAAAAAGAAUCUCUGCAAUUUGGAGAGCUGGAAUGGCUUACAGAUGAGGGUAUUUUUGGUGAACAGUUUGCUCAAGAAGCCUUGGCUGCAGCUGAAGUACCUCAGCUUCCAGUGACUCAUAAUGGUGGCAGUGUUGCCUCAUACAGAACCUCCAAGUCCUACAUGUCCCACAAAAAGCCUAGGAUUGAAGCCCUAAAUGAUGAUGAUGAUGAUGAUGAGUAUUUUACUGUGCCUGAUCUUGGCUAAGUACAUGGCUUGCCAUGCAUAUGGGUUGUUGCAUGCAUGAUUGGAUAAGAUUAAUUAUGGGAAAAUAAUUGUUUUGUCGAAAAAGAUAAUUAUUAUCCCAAAAUAAACUAUUUCAAUCAGACAUAUUGGUAUGUUGUAUAUUCAAUUAUUCAUACUUCACUAAGGACAAUACUUUUCACAAGUUGCGUGGACUGUGGAUUUGAUAAGUAUUGUACUUCAGGUGUUUUGUUGCUGGACAGCAUAGAAUCCAUGCCUUUGGGGAAUAAAAUUUCCUUGUCCUUAGUAAUUUGUUUAUGCUUCAUACACUUAAUUUGAUACGGUUGUUUCAUUUUGUUUGUUUGCAUCCCUAAUGCCUGGAAGAGUGUUUGUCCCCAUUU